AUGUGGUCUGAUGACUCACCUGCUCCCGAAUGGGUCAAGACCGAACAGAAACAGUUCAGGGAGAUUCGUGACAAGGAUAAGGACGGUUACCUGGACCGUGAAGAGAUUCGUGCUUGGCUAUUCCCCACAGACUAUGAUCAUAUCGAAUCAGAACUCAAACACCUCAUGUCUGAAGCUGAUGAUGAUAAGGACGGAAAGCUGUCUAGGGAUGAAAUCCUCUCUCAUUACCAUGUUUUCGUUGGAAGCCAAGUAACAGAUUUCGGUCAAGCUCUCUAUCAUGAUGAACUAUAA